AUGAGUAACUCAACAGAGAGUAUUAGCGCAGCACUUUUACUUGCACCUUAUCAACUCAAUAUUUGGUUCGGAUCAUUUCUAUGGAUCACAGGAAAUUUCGGUUGCUUAUGCAAUUUGAUGGUCUUUCGUUCGCGAUCGUUCCGUAAAAGAACUUAUUCGAUUUAUCUGUUUGCAGCUGCCAUAGCCGAUUUUCAUUAUUUUAACUUUGUUCUGAUUACACGCAUACUUCAGAAUGGUUUUCGAAUCUCUUUGAUGAAUCGUUUUACUAUCAUUUGUAAACUUCGACAGUUUAGCACAGUAUGGGGAAAUGUUGUUUCGUUCGGUUUAUUCUCAUGUGCAGUUAUCGAUCGAUUUCUAUCCACACACCGAUCAAACGCUUACCGAAAAUGGAGUAAUCAAAGCCGACUAGCUUAUAGAAUCAUUUUCAUCGUUCCAUUCUUUUGGUUUCUAUGCUUUGGUCAUCGAAUUGUUUUGUAUAGUAUCAACAAUGGAGCAUGUAGUCCACCAGCGAACAUUGUCUAUCUGUAUUACGAUAAUUAUUUUCAAGUUAUUUUCUCUUCACUUACUCCCGCGCUCAGUAUGUCAGUUCUUGCUUAUUAUCUAUUAAAAAACGUCCGUAUUUUACGACGUCGCAUUGUACCUGAAGAGAUUGUGCCGACGGUAACUCAACGAGGUCCUUCACGAAUCAGCCAAAUGGACAAACAAUUAACUGUUAUGUUGGUUACUGAAUCCAUCAUAGCGACUAUAACGUAUCUGCCCUAUGCAAUUCAGUUGACGUAUUCCAAUAUAACAAGCGGUUGGUAUAAAACGCCAUUGCGACUGGCGUGGGAACAAGUUGGAAUUGAGAUUAUUCAUUUGUUUUCGUAUAUAUUUUUCGCAACAAGUUUUUAUGUUUCCAUAAUAUCAAACGUCGGAUUUCGUCGAAUAUUCCGACGAUUAUUCGGGAAAUCGAGAAGUAAUCGUCAGGCUCAACAGAACCCAUCCGUAGCUGGUAUUGGUACAAAAGCAACUGUUCCAAUGAAUGGUAUAUGCCGUUAG